AUGUCCUCCUACGACGCCUCCUCCCCCAACGAAAUCGCCCCGCCCCUCCCCUCCGCCCCGGCCCUCCCCAUCGGCCCCUCCUCCGUGCUCCAGCCGCCGCUCUCCCGCCGCGGCUCCGGCCCAGGCCUCAUCGUCCUCCUCCCCAGCGCCUCCUCCAUCCCGCCCCGGCCCGCUACCAUCACAAAGCCACUCGACCCGGAGCCCCUGCAGAAAUGGGCCGAGGAGGGCUUCGCCGUCGUGGCCAUCACGCUGCCGGCCAACGAAAUGGAAGAGCUCACCGGCGACGACGCCACCGUGUCAGACGUCGUGAACCAGAUCCGCGAGGCCGUCGAGGCACUAAAGGCCCAUGACGCAGUCGACACAAAGGACAAGUUUGGCCUCGCCAUCUACGACGGCGUCAUCGUGCCGUCGCUGCUGCUCGACGCCGAGCGCCUCCAGCAGCAUGGCAUCGCCGGCAUCAUCACCUUUUCCGAGAGCGCCCCCAGCAGCGCUUCUGUGCUCCCGCUGCUCUCUCACACCAGUAUCCCUCCACCACCCGAAUUCUCAGAAAACGACGCUGGGAAAAGUCUCGACGUCAAAGUGCAUUCUUACCCGGGCACGUCUCCCCAUUUUGUCCUGCCAUCUGCGGCGGCCUACGACAACGCUUCUGCCAGCAUGGCGCACACGCGAAGCUUGGUGUUUCUGCGGAAGCAUCUCGGCGGGCCGCAUUUUGAUCUCGAGGCCAUCUGGGAAGAGCACUGCUACUGGGAGUUUGUAGGACGAAGUGUUGCCAAGACCAUGGCCACCAUGGUUGCAGAGCCAUAUGUCAACCAUGUCCCUACUAUGACGGGUGGUAUUGGCCGCGAGAAACUAACCGCCUUCUACCGCGACCACUUCAUCUUCUGCAACCCCCCGGACACAACCCUCAAAACCGUCUCCCGCACCAUCGGCCCAGAUCGCAUCGUCGACGAAUUCAUCUUCUGCUGCACCCACACCACCGAAAUCCCCGCCCUCCUCCCCAAAAUCCCCCCAACCAACAAGCCCCUCGCCAUCCCCACCGUCGGCAUCAUCAACAUCCGCGGCGACCGCCUCUACCACGAGCACAUCCUGUGGGACCAGGCCACCGUGCUGCGCCAGCUGGACAUUUUGCCCACGCAUCUGCCCUACGAGGGGAGUUCCAUCAAGCUGCCGGUGGGAGGUGCCGAGACGGCGCGGCUGUUGCUUGAUGAGAGGGAUGGGAAGAGUAAUGAGAUGAUU